AUUUUAUUUAAAUAGUUAUAAUAAUUCUCCGCGCCACUAGAGGGCGCGAGAGGAACACGUUACGUGUAAAGUCACAGAGCGGUUCGCGAGGAAGAGACGUGGCGGUUGAGUUCAAAUUUUACGAAGAAAAAAAGACAAGCGGCGAAUGGAGGGAAAUUAAGUUUAGUGUUCCUCACUUUUAUUUAUUGGAUUUUGUGAGCUGUAUCACUCAACUGAAUUGAAGAUGGAGCAGCUGAAUUUGGGCAAUGAGGCAGUGAAAUCCUCAAGAAGGAGACUGUCUUCAAUUUUAAAAGCUACACGAACAUCUAUGAAAAUACAUGGAGCUGAGCAAGAAGAAGAAAAGGAGGAAAUUGUCAAGCCUGUUGAGAAGAAGAGAAAUUCACGAAGAGUGAGUUUUGCCACUACAAAUAAUGUUCGAGUCUUUACAAAUGAUGCAAAGAGUGAAUCUCCUGUUCUAGCAUCCAUUCAAAACACUCAAGUUGCAGGAGAUAGACCAAAUGAAAAGAUUCUGCAUUUUGUGGAUGAGGGAAGUCACCAAAUCAAAGGCCUGGAUACUUUGUUGAACACUCCUCUUUAUCUGUCCCAGCAUAAGGAAAAAUUUUUCUCUGAUCCAGUCUUGCAAGAUGACUGUGUGGAUAGAACAAUGCUGCUCGGAGAGGAUACUGGAUACAUGGAUAUUACUCAGAGUCACACAAUCACAAUUGAUAAGGAUUAUGAAAUUGAAGAAGAGACAAAACCAGAUUUUAGCGUCAACAUGGCUCAGACGAUCCGUGGUGAUCUGAAUAUCGCGAGUCUGAAGGGUUUGCCACAAGAAGCAAAAGCAGAGAGGAAAAAUGCAGCUAAUGACUCUGACUUCAGUGCUUUUCUCGCCAGUAUGAGCUUACCCACUGUAAAUACCAUUAAGCCCCACUAUGCAGAAAAUCAGCUUGGUAAUAUCUGCAGUUCAGCCAAUACAAGCACAUUGGAUAUUGAUAAGGAGAAUCACUUGCCAUCUUUUUUAAUGAAGCAACAUCCAGGUGCCAAGGGUAACCCACAACAACCUCUGGGACUUCAACGAAGGCGUUCUUGUGUUGGAAUUGUUGAAGACGCUGAUAUAGAGGUAACCAAGAGUCACACUGUUGUAACUGAAAACAAAGAUAAGCCUUUUACACCCUCUGUUUCUGUAAAUCAAAGAGGUGUUGCAUUCAUGACACCUGCCUUUUCGAACAUCCCAGAUGACAUGGAGCUAACUUUGAACCAGACUGCUGCAAUCAAUGUUAAAGUUACAGGAAAUAUAAUUUGCAAUGUCCCGGCUGCUCUGGAGCACAAUAGGUCCCAUCAUUUCUCUGAGGAUGAUGAUGUAAUGGAGAUGACGAGGGUAUUUGAUGUAUCUGCUCACGAAAAAGACCACACAAUGAGUAUGAAGGAGCAAGUUCAGCCUUCAGUUCCCACAGCAAGAAGGAUGUCCUCCUUUAAUAUGAUUGGAAAUGGAGAGACAACAGAUCGAAAUAAAGAUGGUUAUUUACAGAGCAAUCUCUCAAUAGCCCAGACUACUUAUUCUGAUGACAUGGAAAUGACGGGAACAUUUGAUGUAUCUGUUAAAGAAAAAGACCUCACAAUGAGUAUGAAGGAGCCAGCUCACCCUCCAAUUACCAAAGAAAGCAAGAUGUCCACUUUUGAUUCUUUUGGAAACGGAGAAACAGUGGAUUGCAACAAAUCUAGCAACAACUUUGUAGCUCCAACUGCUAAUCCUGACGAUAUGGAGAUGACACAGUGUCAUACUAUUGUUCUCAAUGACAAACAAUCAAGUGGAAACAAACCAUUCAACAACACAAGGAAGAGUUUGCCUCUUGUACCUUUAUCCAGAUCUGUUCGAGAAGAUGAGCAUACAGGCAAUAUGAAUGAGGAAGCUCUGCGUCCAGUUCCCAGGGUAAGUAAGAUGCCCAGCUUUGAUUUAGUUGGAGAUGGAGUGAUAAUGAAUCACAACAAAUCAGGCCACCUCCUAAUAGCCCAAACUGCAAAUUCUGAUGAGAUGGAGAUGACACAGUGUCAAACUAUUUUUCUCGAGGCCAAGCAGGUCAGUGGAGACAAACCUUUAAACAACUCAAGGAACAAUUGGCCUAAUACAUCAGUAUCUGGACCUGAAGGCAGUGAUGGGAUGGACAUGACUCAAGCAUUCACAGGGCGUAUAAUGCUAAAUGCUUUUCUGGCCUCCAAGAAGAAAAGAGAUGAAAGCAUACCGAUGCCUGCCACAACUACAUCAGAUCAACAUAAUGAUAGUGACUGUAUAGACUUGACAUGCCAAUCAAGUAUUUUUGAUAGGAUUUCUACCCCAAGUCCUGAUGAAAUGGAAUUGACCAGAUGCACCACUAUUAACACUGACUCAAACCGUACCUGGUUAGGGAGUGCUGUGGAUAUCACAGGUACAAGAAGAGCACCAUUCUCUGCUAAUCAAACCAUCACUGUGGUUGAACCUAUGGAGAUGACUAAGGUACACAUGGCACCAGUCAGUGAGCAAAAGUAUAAAGCUUUUAUGACUAAAAGAAAGUCAGGAGCAAGAAUGAUGCCCUUGAUGUGUGAUCCUGAAAAUACUGAAGCUGAUAACCAUAAGACUGAUUUCUCCAACCCUGAUGACAUGGACAUGACACAAUGUCAGACUGUUGUGCUUGAGGCUGAAAACUGCAAGAGGGCCAAACCAUUCAGUGAAUCCAGGAGGAGUUUGAACCUUAUAUCUACGUCCUCCAGUCCUGAUGUUGACAGUAUGGAGAUAACCCAGGCACUCACCAGCAAUAUCAUGUUAAAGAGCUUUGUAUCCAGUGAGGAAAGUAAGCAUGAGAGAAAUCUGUUGCCUGUAGCAGAAAGUUGUCAAACACUGGAUGAGUCUGACUGCAUGGAAAUGACAAGUCAAGCCAGUGCAUCAAAUCUAGCUAUUCCCUGUGUUGAUGAUGAAAUGGAACUAACAGGAUGCAACACGAUUGCAAUUGACUCAAAAAGCACAUUGGCAGCAAGUGCUACAGAGAUCAAAGUGCAUGACAGUGCACUUUGGGCAUCAACAUCUGUUUCUAGAUGCACCGUGUUAAGUGAAGAACAAAAUGAAGUGAGUGAACCUGCCAAGUGUGCUAUUAACCAUGUCUUCCCCUCAAAACAUGAUUUUGAUCUUGAUGGCAAAAACAUUAAAUGCAACAGCACAGAGACAAUAUCCUAUGACCCAGCUGACAUGCAAGUGGACAAAAAUUGUGAAAUGGCACAUCCAAGCAAUGUGAUGACGACUGAUGAAGACAGUGAUAUGCAGGUUACAAAGGUGCUUACAAUGCCCAUUGAAACACAGCAAAGUGUUUCUUUUAAUGAGAAAGAAGAAGCACAGAUAAAGACUUUUUGUGGCUCUAAAAAUGAAGAGGGUCAAGCACUUUGGCCUAACAAGGAACAAAGUAUAAGCUCGGUCCAACUUGAAGGUUCCUCCUCAAAUGAGUCUGUAGUUGAUUCCUUCAUUAUAGAAGAGCUGCAACAUGCAAAAGCAAGACGGAGAAGUCUAGCUGACUUUCAAAUGGAGCUUCGCAACAUGUCAAGGCGUAUCCAGGAAGAGCAAAAAGCGAUAACAGGAAGCACAACUGCGCCUCUGCCUUCUUGUUCCCUCCCUGAGAAUUCUCUUAAAGAGCAGUGUGAAAUGGAAAUUUCCAAUGAGCCAACUUCAAAUGUCACCCCUAAAGUCAAGCAAAUAAAUAAUUCUGUUCAAAAUGAGAAGACCACACCUUUUAGUCUUAAAAAAAAGGCGUUCUCAUCAAGGCUGUCAUUGUGUGGUAUCGUACCAAAACUACCGAAACGAGCUACAGCUGUAACUCCUAACAAAACUGUGACCAUAAGUACUAAUGAUUUACAGAGUCUUCAACUAGAGAAACAUUUUGAUGUUGCUGAACAAAAUAGCAACUGCGAAACAGUCAAUAUUAAUGAUGAAGAGUUCCCUGAAAUGAGCAGCGAAGAAGACUUGUCAGGGAGUCUUGAAAAUUGGCCAAUUAAAAAGCAAGAUGAACUGGAUGGUUCUUUGGUUGUAACUAAAUAUGAAGAGCCUUUGGAGAAUGAAGUCUUUGAGUCAGACACAAGCACGAGUCCUUGUUUUAAAAGGCUGCAUCCAGAGGAAGACCCUAUUACAGCAGAACGAACCAAGAAAGUCUGCGUUUCUGACAUGGGGCCUGACUGUCAUGAAGCUUCCGUACAGUGGGAAGGUAAUUUUACAAGGCAUGCCGCUCAGAAUCCCAAGGCAAAGACUAUUGAAGAUACAGGAGUGUCUGAAUCCACUCUCAAAUACUCACAGUUUGACUCUCAUAUGGAUGGGACGCUGGAUCACGUAUUUGAUUUCAGCAAGAAACUUGAGGAUGGAAGCAUCACAGUAAAUGAGUUCCUAAGCCACUUUGGUAUCAACUUUGUUAUCCACAGAUCUAGACCAAGUGCUCUUCCUGACAGUUGUAGAGCUGGAGAGACACGCACCAUGGAGGAUUUGCUCAAAGAGAAAUACAUAUACCACCCCAAGCAGAGAGUAUAUGAGCAAGACUGUAAGAAUCUCACAGAGAUAGUAGAGAGACUUAAAGAACAGAUGCCUGAACAAGAGAAAUCCCUUGGAUGCAUUAAUGGAGCCCUUCAGCAAGAGUUGUGUACUCUCUCUGAAGAGCAAUUAAAAAGCUUUGGCUCCAAGUUGAAAGAACGAAGAGUUUACUUUGGAAAGAGAAGCAAAGCACUUUCUCAUGAAAUGAAAGGAGCCUUGUACUCAGAGCUCAUCAAAACAAAACGGGAUGCAAAACAGAGUCUGAUAUCUAAAAUCAAAGAGACAGAUGAAAUGAUUGAAGACUUGGAUGGAUGCAUUAAUGAUUUAGAAACUGAACUUGCAUCUGUAGAGGCCAUGAUUAUGGGAGAUCAUCUUGAUGCUCCUCAAACCAGACCAGCCUUAAAAGCCAAGGAAGAGGAUUUACAUAGGCUUAAUUCAGCUGUCAUGGAAAAGGAGAGGGAAAUUGGUGAGUUGGAGAUUCAGCUGAGAACUUUGGAGAGCCAACAGGAGAAGUUGCAAGGGGAAUCCAGUAGCCUUAAGAAUCAUCUUGCAACCUUGAACAGUUUGAACGAGUGGCGUCUUGAUGCAACAGAUGAAAGGGGGGCUUUGUUUACCUUCCUUCACAAAACUGUGCAUUUGCAGGUGAACCUGCAAACACCUGCUGGAAAGGACUGGAUGACUGAGGAUGUGGAGCGAAAUAUAGAUGUAAGCUUCCAGUUGCACCUGGAUGUGGAUAAAUCUGAGUGUCAUGCAAGCAUGGUCCACAAGUUACUUGCACUAUACUAUCAUUCUCAAACUCAAUGGACACAGAGGUACCCAACAACCCGACAUAUACCAGAGCUGCUUCAUGACAUUAGUUUGGUGGUGGGUCGUGUCAGGCUCUUGGGCGAGGAGAUUCACCGGCUGAAGAAGUGGGGUGGAUUGAAGCUCCGCAUCCUUAAGAUCACCUGUACAGACACACGAGUUCAUGUCAUCUUCUCAAGUCUGAAAGCAUUUGAAAAGUUUGAGUUAAGUCUGAUGGUCACUCCAGACUAUCCCUUUGGGCCACUUCACAUACAGGACUUCAAAAAACAUUUUGGGGAUACAAGGUUGAGUCAAAUUGAAGACAUCAUAUCAUCAGUCAAACCAGCCAAGAACUAUCUGACAAAAGUCCUCAAGAAGAUUCAUGAUGACCUCCUGUACUAGAAUCUCAGCCUUGUUGUUUAAUCUGUUCUUUUCUGUCUUUUAAAUGUUUGUACAUAUUGAUGUUUGUAUAAUCAAAUAAAUAAUAAUUAAAAAUGUAGCCAAA